GCAGACAAACGCGUCUUCUAGCUCACCGCAAAAACCUACAGAAAUUUCUCAAUCGGAGCCCUAGAUUUUCUCCAUCGUUUUCGUCGAUCUCUCUUCUCCGCCUGAAAUCAUGGCCAAUGCAGCAUCAGGGAUGGCUGUGCACGAUGAGUGCAAACUAAAGUUCAUGGAUUUGAAGGCAAAGAGGACCUUUCGCUUCAUCAUUUAUAAAAUCGAAGAGAAGCAGAAGCAGGUGAUUGUGGAAAAGCUUGGGGAACCAGCAGAGACUUACGAUGAAUUUGCAGCAUGUCUCCCUGCUGAUGAGUGCCGAUAUGCUGUCUUUGAUUUUGAUUUUAUGACUGCAGAAAAUGUCCCAAAGAGCAGGAUUUUCUUCAUUGCAUGGUCUCCGGAUACCGCAAAAGUGAGGAGCAAGAUGAUUUACGCGAGCUCCAAGGACAGGUUCAAGAGAGAGCUGGACGGAAUCCAGGUGGAGUUGCAAGCAACAGAUCCGAGUGAGGUGGGGCUUGAUGUUAUUAAAAGCCGAGCAAACUGAAGCUGCAUAAUAUGUUUGAAUGGAGAUGCUGCCUUGAUUCUUCAUAGAAUAUUGUCAUUUUAUGUUAAAUGUCUAUAGUUCACUUGUGGUAUGUAGAUUAAUCAGUGGCUCUCCUCCUUUUCAUCAAGAACUAGUGUGAUUUCUCAGGUAAAAAUUGUGUGGUGAUGUUUUGUGUGAUUCAACAAAAACUGAUAUGAAUUUCGACACUAUUUCAUUUUCCAUUUUUGGGAUGUUUGGAAAUCCAUUUGCAUUCUAUUGUUUA